AUAGAAUCACAUAUAUGUAUUAUAUCAACUUCAUUACUACUUUUACGACACAUUGAAUACAUAUCUACCUAGUAAAAUACGAUACUUUAAUCCAAUUAUUAGUUGUUAGUGACUCGUGUUACUACGUCUUUACAGUGAACGUUUUUAAUAAUAGUGAGUGAUUUAGUGACAAAAACUUACUUGCAGAUUUUCUGGUACAUAGACGCAGGAGAAAUCUACGAAAAACGAAACCCAGUUACCCCUCAACAUGUUAGGGGGUAGCGUGCUGUGGUUCAGACACGGGUUGCGGUUACACGACAACCCGUCACUGCACGAUGCUAUUGAAGACAGAUCCGCGCCAUUCUUUCCAAUCUUCAUCUUCGAUGGAGAAACUGCUGGUACUAAGUUAGUCGGCUACAAUCGUAUGAGAUACCUGCUAGAAGCUUUGGAUGACCUGGAUACCCAAUUUAAGAAGCAUGGAGGGAGACUGUUUAUGAUUAAAGGCAAACCCACCGACAUUAUAAGGAGGUUGUGGGAGGAAUUCGGUAUCCGCAAGUUGUGUUUCGAGCAGGACUGCGAGCCAGUGUGGCGCGCCCGCGACGACAGCGUGAAGGCAGCGUGUCGGGAGAUCGGCGUGACAUGCCGCGAACACGUCUCUCACACUCUAUGGGAGCCUGGUACUGUCAUACGCGCCAAUGGUGGUAUCCCGCCGCUCACGUACCAAAUGUUUCUGCACACCGUUGCAACCAUCGGGGACCCGCCGCGGCCGGUGCCUAAUCCCGAACUGUGCGGUGUCCAGUUUGGUUUUCUACCAGAAUGUUUUCACGAGGAAUUCACCGUUUUUGAUAAGACUCCAAAGCCUGAGGAUCUGGGGGUGUUUUUGGAGAACGAGGACAUACGCAUGAUACGCUGGGUGGGGGGUGAGACGACUGCGCUGAAGCAGAUGGAACAGCGACUCGCAGUGGAAUACCAGACGUUUUGCAGGGGUUCAUACUUGCCCACACAUGGGAACCCGGAUCUGCUCGGGCCCCCUAUAUCCCUGAGUCCAGCGCUGCGAUUUGGAUGCUUAUCAGUCAGAAGGUUUUAUUGGAGUGUUCAGGAUUUAUUUCAUAAAGUACACCAAGGACGCCUAGCAGCAACCCACUUUAUUACAGGUCAAUUAAUAUGGCGAGAAUAUUUCUACACGAUGAGCGUGAACAACCCUAACUACGGACAAAUGGCUGGCAACCCUAUUUGUUUGGACAUCCCGUGGAAGAACCCUGAGGGCGACGAAUUGCAGAGAUGGAUCGAGGGUCGGACUGGAUUUCCAUUCGUGGAUGCGGCAAUGCGCCAGCUCCGCACAGAAGGUUGGCUGCACCAUGCCGUACGCAAUACUGUCGCCUCCUUCCUCACCAGAGGAACACUGUGGCUAUCAUGGGAACACGGACUGAACCACUUCCUCAAGUACCUGCUGGAUGCCGACUGGUCGGUGUGCGCGGGUAACUGGAUGUGGGUCUCCUCGAGUGCGUUCGAGGCGCUGCUUGACUCUGGGGAUUGCGCGUGCCCCGUGAGACUCGGACAGAGGCUCGACCCCAGCGGGGAGUAUGUGCGCCGCUACGUGUCCGAACUCGGCCGCAUGCCCGUACAAUACAUAUAUGAACCAUGGAAGGCUCCCAUAGACGUGCAAGAGCGCGCCGACUGCGUUAUAGGAAAGAAUUAUCCUGCCCCAGUAGUUAACCAUCUAGUAGCUGCUCAGAAAAAUAGAAACGCUAUGAAUAAAUUAAAACGUUCAAUACACGGACGCCUACAGCGGGACAAGUGGCUCAUGAUCGUUGGGGAGCUUCGUAAUAUACUUCAAAAAGCACCACCUCAUUGCUGCCCCUCAUCUGAAGAAGAGAUCCGCCAGUUCAUGUGGCUGAAUGAGGAGAACCAACAUGCCCACAACACAGCAUGAGUCCAUUAACGUCUUACGGGUAACGAAAUAGAGUCUAAAUUUGUUAAGCAUAAUGUAAUAUAAAAACAUGUGAGUGCACACGUGACUGGGACUUUAUAGAGCACGUGUAGAUGCAUCAUACCACAUUUAUGAGUUUCAAUGGCAUAAGCGUGAUAGAAGGGAUGUGUUGUUCAAUUUUGAAUCCUAUGUGUAUGAGUGUAUAGUUGUUUAUCUGUGUUAAAUGUGGUAGUGGUAGUAUUAGUAUGCGAUAAAAUAUGUAUUUAACGUACUUAUGUAAGUUUUUAUAUUUUGCAUUUGAUGACGAAACUGUACGUUAUCUACGAACUUCAGGACCAAGCUGAAUAACUAAGCAAAAUUAAGGGAAUAAGGGUUGUUUAGAAUAAAAAGAAACAUGACAUUUUCAAUUUUGCAUCUUAUGACGAAAAUAUAGGUUAUCCACGAACUUCAUGACCAAACCGAAUACCUAAGCAAACUUAAGGAAAUAAGGGUUGUUUAUAAAUUAAAUAAACACUACAUUAUUUAUAUGAGAAGGUGUUAUCUUAUCCAGGACUAUUAAUAUG